AUUUGCAAUUGUCAUCGUCAAAGUUCCACGUAUACAUACAGCUGAAUUAAUUUACGGCAGAGAUAUUGUAAUGUUGAAGACGAUCCUGAUUGGUUUACGAAAGAUCGCUUGAAAUAACCGGCGAGAAAAAAUUCGGCAAUUGGACCGUUUCGCCGCUUUCGUCAUCAAAUCUCGCGCGAAUUAAAUUUCUCGUCUUGUGUGGUUAGAAUUAGAAUGCUUUCCGAAAGCGUCGUGUAAAUGAGUGUUUGGUAUCGUUAUCAGAAAAUUGAAUCGUAAUUUAGAUUGAAGAUGUAUAAUAUUAAAACAUGGCUGAAUUGACUAUAAUUAGAUAAUAAUUAGUAGGAGAUAGAAAAAAAGGAGAGGGAGUUACCAAACGGGGAGUUACAAUGAAUUUGUAGUAGAUCAGUAUGAAUCAUGUAUAGGUGUAAAAAUGAGCAGUGUCAGACAUAAAAUAUGCAUGGUCUCGGAUUUCUUUUAUCCAAAUAUGGGCGGCGUCGAGGAGCAUAUCUUCAAUUUGUCCCAAUGUCUGCUAGAACAUGGACACAAAGUGGUGAUACUCACUCAUUCCUACGGGGAUAGAGUAGGCAUACGAUAUAUGACAAAUGGAUUGAAAGUAUAUUAUAUUCCCGUCAAGGUUUUCUACAAUCAAUGUGUUCUUCCGACGAUGAUAUGCUCCCUUCCACUUAUUAGGUACAUCUUUGUAAGGGAAGAGAUACAGAUAAUACAUGGACAUUCUGCUUUCUCUGCGUUAGCGCACGAGGGAAUGUUGAUUGGCAAAUUAAUGGGACUGAAAAUAGUUUUCACCGAUCACUCCCUUUUUGGUUUUGCAGACGCGUCAGCUAUUCUGACAAACAAAUUUCUACAGAUAUCGUUAGUCGAUUGUGAUCAUUGUAUAUGUGUAUCUCAUAUUGGCAAGGAGAACACAGUGUUACGAGCCAAAGUGAAGAAGGAGAAGGUAUCAGUCAUUCCAAAUGCCGUUGACACCGCGCUGUUUACGCCUGAUGUCAGUAAACGGAGCAACGAAUUUAUUACUAUAGUAAUAGUGUCGCGAUUGGUGUAUAGGAAGGGCGUGGAUCUUCUAGCCCAUAUAAUACCCGAGAUUUGUUUACGUUAUAAAAAUGUACAAUUUCUAAUUGGCGGAGAUGGGCCGAAGAGAUGGCUGAUAGAAGAAGUGAGGGAGAGAAAUCUGCUGCAACACCGAGUCACUCUGCUGGGCAGUCUGGAACACUCUCAAGUUAAACACGUUUUAAAUAAGGGUCACAUCUUUCUCAAUACGAGUCUGACAGAGGCUUAUUGUAUGGCCAUUGUAGAGGCAGCUUCUUGCGGUUUGCAAGUAGUGUCGACAAAGGUCGGAGGGAUUCCGGAAGUUCUGCCAUCAGAUUUGAUUUAUCUCGUCGAACCCACUGUACCAGCGUUAAUCGAGGGAUUGGAGACUGCUAUAGCUGAUUAUAAGAAGGGCAACAUUAGAUGUCCCUUGGAGAUGCACAGGAGAAUAGGUUUAUAUUACAACUGGUUCAAUAUCACAAAACGUACAGAGAUAGUGUAUAAUUUGGUGAAACGUGAAACAAAGAAAAAUCUGGGACAGCAAUUGACGAGUCAGCUGCAAAGUGGUGUAUUGGCCUAUUUGCUUGUGAUAUCUUUGUGCUAUAUAAUAUUACAAGUUCUCGAAUUCUUUGUUCCAAGAAAGUACAUCGAUAUUGCGCGGGACUACAACGAGAUUGAAGUUAUGCCAUCCAAUGGGAAAGGAAAAAAUGAUUAACUGUUAUAGAAGCCUGGAAUGUAAACUUCUUAAUGUGUUCAAGUAUUUCAUACGGUCCAUUUACUUUGGAAACAUUCCAGAAAAUUUACAUUCUCUGCAAAUUAUCGUUAUAUAAAUUAUCGUUAUAUGAAGAAGACCAAUCAUCAUGUUGCAUUUAUCUACAAAAUUUUUAAAGAAAUAUAAAUAUAUAUCUAUGUAAAGAUGUUGUGCAUAAACUAAUAUACGACACACGAAACAAAAGUACGCGAAAGGAGAAAGUACAAAUCGCCGUCAUAUAUACUUGUAUAUAAAAUUAUUACAACUGAGACGACUAUUUAUAACAAUUUUAUUUAUUAUAUCGUGCUGCUCUUUGUAAUCUCUGUGUAUCAUUCCAAAAACAAAUAUAAUAGCGCAUGAUGUUCAACAUCCGACGUUAGUUCGUUUAUGAAAAUAAUACUUUAUCCGUUAAA